UGACGUCACGGAACAACAGUGUACUUGAGUCCACACAACGCGAAACGCGGUGUUGGUCAGGCACGUACUCGGCUGCUGUUGCGUUGUAUCUACGUCUUCCUAUACGGUAGUUCUUGGGAAACUCUUCCUGUCAGUGUGGUGUACAGAUCUUAAACGUCCACGGGAUAGAAUUCGGACCGUUGCUAAAGCGUUUACUAAGCUGAGGAGUUUUCGAAUUCGGAGAAAUCAGUGCAUCACCGAGGGGACACAUCAGCAGCCGCCAUGUUGGCCACACAAAAACAACGGAAAUGUCGGGAAUUCACCGGCCCGACACCACAUUCGGUGGCAAUCAAAGCCAAGAUGCCAAGCAAACGGCCCGCGGAGCACCUGAUCCUGGAGCGGCGGAGACAGGAAGACCUGCGGGACGAGGCUAUCGCCAUCACCAACUACAACAAGAUGUGUGACCUGAAGAACGACUGGGAGAGGAUCACAGACAAGCGCAUCCAGAAGAACACAGUCACACGUAGGGUACAGGGACUGUUACAGCAGGAGAAGUUCAGCCUGGAAGACAGGCGGCAAAAGUUGAGGAAUCUUCUAGAGGAAGAGGAAAAGCAGUACCUACAACAGAUGGAAGCCCAGGAGGAGACAACCCUGGAGCGACAGGCCAAGAUGCGUGAGCGAGCCAAGUUUCUAAAGGAGAAGAGAGAGAUGGAGAGACAGCGUCUGGUCGAAGAGAAACUGGAUCAACAAUGGAGGGAACAGUGUGAGGAGCUGAGGUCCAACCUGAGCCGCCGCCAUCUUGACGAGGUGUGUACGGAACGUCAGGAGCAGCUGAGGGUGAAAGAGCACAUCAAACAGCAAAGGGAGGAGGAAGAGAGAAUGUAUGCAGAGUUGUACGAGAAAGACCGUCUGGCUAAGUCAGUGCGAGAGGAGGAGGAAGCCAAGGCCCAGAUGGAGAGGAACAGGGAGAUGUUGGAGACCCUGAACCUGCAGAAGGCAGCACUGGAGGUGCAGAAACAGGCAGCUGCUGACCUCAAGAAGGAGGAAGCACAACUACUGAGAGAAGAGAAAGAACUGAGGAAGAUUGAAGAGCAGCGGGCAGCAGAGGAAAAAGUCCGCAAACAGCAGGAGAUGAGGUCAGACCUGGACCGCUCCAUCCGCAUCAAGAUGAAGAAACAGGCCAAGGAAGUCCAGGAGGAGCUGGCUCUGGACAUGAAAAUACUGGAACAGCUGCUGCAAGAGUCCAGAAAUGAGGCCAUGGAGAGCAUCCAAAGGAAGCGUGAGCUUCGUGAGGAACAACAGCGCUUCCAAGAGUACCUGGCCAGGGAAGCAGAGCGGGAGAAAGAGCGGGAACUUGAGCUGGAACAGCUCAUUGAUGUUGAAGUGCAAAAGAUGUGGGCCAAGCGAAAAGAGCAGUGGCGGCUUGAGCGUGAGGCACGUCAUCGGCUCAUGUCAGACGUCUUGGCCACUAGGAGAAAGCAAGUGGAGGACAAAUUGGCAGAAAACCUUCGCCAGCAGGACGUUAUCAGGGCAGAGCGUGAGGAACUGGCCCAUGCUAUUGAGGAGCACAAGAGGCUGGAUGCAGAGCAUAAGCAGAGGAUCAAACAGAACAACCUGGCCUACCAAAGCGACCUUGAUGCCCAAAUCGAUUACCAAUACUCCGUACGAGCGCAACAGCAGGAUGAGGAGUAUCGGGAGUACCUGCAUGGUGUACAGGUGGAGGAGCAGUACCAGGAGAAACUGAAAGAGGUCCUCGCCUCACCUGUCAUCAACAAGAUGCACCCCAUGAAGAGAGCGCACAGCACUCGCAAACAACAAGCACUACAGCAGGAGGAACCACAAUUUCUUUUGACUGGACAGAAAUUGUAGGAAAUUGAGGAGAGAAGUGAAUUUGUAGAAUGUUGUAAAAUUGUAUCAUAAUUUCAGACAGAAAAACAACAUUAAGAAAAUUUAUCUUCUAUAGUUCAAAAUGUACCCAGAUGAAUUCUGUUGGUGACUUGACAAUCUACAUGUAUAUGAUUUGAUGUGAAAGAUACAUACACUGGAAAUGUAAACAGUUCUAACUGAUUUCUUGUUCAUAUCUGGACAAUAAUUUUUUCACCAAAGGUUUGGAUUUAAUUGUUCCUGUACAGUGGAGAAAACAUAGAAAGUUAGCAAUGGAAGUGUGCAUACAUGACAAAUUCUAUUGGUAGCAGUACUCUUUAUUGUACAAUAAGUAUAUAUGGUGUAUGAGCACAUGUGUUGGUCAGUCUGUUGACUCAAAUAAAUUUGUAUGUGUUCCUGUAAAUAUAGAUGCACAUGUAUUUGUUCUACAAUAAAGACACCCUUACCUUUCAGGA